GGUCUACUUUGUUUACGCGAUAUGGUCACACGGUUGUGAGUAAUAUUUUCUUUCGGCAAUAUUAAUUUUAGCAGUUUACCAAAUGUCUCACCAAACGGGAAUCCGAGCCAACGAACAACUGGCCAAAGUGUUCGGCAAGGCGAAAAAUGGAAAAUUGCGUGUGAUAAAAGUUUCCAUAGAGAACGAACAGCUCAGCUGCAGUGCAACAGCGGAUGUUAAAAAAGACUGGGAAAAGGACUACGAUAAGCUGAUAUCGCCGCUUGUGGAGCAGAAUGUGCCCUGCUACAUACUCUACCGACUGGACACCAAGAUCCCCUUGGGCUACAGCUGGCUUCUGAUUAGCUGGACGCCGGACACGGCAAGUAUCCGGCAAAAGAUGGUAUACGCUUCUACAAAGGCUACGCUAAAAACUGAAUUCGGAUCGGCCUACAUCACUGAAGAGUUGCACGCCACCACUUUAGAUGAGACCACCCUGGAAGGAUACCGUCGACACAAGCAAGAGUUUGCUGCUCCUGCUCCGCUUACUUCCCGGGAAGAGGAGCUAAAAGAACUGCGCAAAACUGAGGUAAACACCGAGAUUAGCACGAACACACGUCACCAGACUCUGGGCGGCAUCAACUGUCCACUCAGUGAAGCAACGCUGGCAGCUAUUCAGGAUCUGGUACGUGGCAGCUACGACUAUCUACAGUUUCGCAUUGACCUGGAAGAGGAGCGCAUCCAUGUAUCCCAUGCCGGAAAGGUGGAGCUCAGCGAUCUACCAAAACAGGUGCCUGAGGACCAUGCUCGGUAUCAUUUGUUCCUCUUCCGGCACACACAUGAAGGAGAUUAUUUAGAGUCCUAUGUGUUCAUUUACUCAAUGCCUGGAUACUCUUGUUCGGUGAGGGAGCGCAUGAUGUAUUCUAGCUGCAAAGCGCCUUUCCUGGAGCAGUUGGCCGCGAUGGGAGUAGAGGUGGUCAAAAAACUCGAAAUCGACAGCGGCAGCGAGUUGACUGAAGCCUUCCUGCAAGACGAGCUGCACCCUAAAAAAAUCCUUCACCGACCGGCAUUUGCCAAACCCAAGGGACCACCUAACCGCGGCGCCAAGCGCCUAACGCGUCCCACCACCGAUGACUAAGUCUGAACCGCAAUCCCAUCGAGUCAAUUCUUCACGACACCUUCUAUAUAUCAUCAGUUUCCUAGGAGAGCAUUUAAUUUAUUAUAUUCGAAAAAGUUUCGUGUU